GAGACCGGACUGGGACCGGAUAGCAAACAAUGCAAUCUCAUAUUCGGGCUUAGAUUUGAGAUAAAAAACUGGAUAAAGACCGGAUAAGAGACCUCCAGCACCUAAAAUCAAGAUAAAAUUGGACCGGACCGGGUCAAGACCGGACUGUAUCCAAUCCAAUCUUUGGUCCUUAUAUUCCCGAAAAGACCGGACUGGGACCGGAUCAAUUUGGUCCAAUUUAACCGGACCGGACCGUAUAGUCACCCCUAAGGAGCAUGGAACAGAGAAAUUUAGGAGGGGAAAUUAGGAGCGAGCCAAAUUUGGGAGGGUAAUUAGGGUGCUAAGUUAGGGUUUGUGGGAAAUUUGGGAGAGUUUCUCGAAGAAAAAGUGAGGGAUAGUUUCUUAAUAGCGAGUGUAAUAUCAAACUUAUAAGUACUGAUCUGACAUGUAUCAAAACAAUGUCGUGAUUUUGAGUCUACUCGAUGAACGUCGUCGUGGUUGGUGGUAUAGGAAUAUGAUCGUUAAUGAGUUUUUGAGGAACUUUUAGUUAGGCUUUCCUUCAUGCUCAACAGCUCAAGGCUUGCAUCAAUGCUGCAUUGCAUCUCAGGAAUGGUUCGAGGACGCCAUAUUUUGUUCGUGGCUUCUUGUUCUUUUUGAGUGGUUCAAACAUAGCAGCAUAACUUCAUAUGUUGAUGUGGUGCUUCAUAAUUUGAUGCUCGCAAGUGACUGUGACAUGCGGUUUUAGCCAUGGUUUAAGAAUGCUAAACGUAAAGUGCGUGUUAUGGUCUUACCUAUCACGCAGGGACACUUUGUCUAAGCAUGCCUAGGUGGUGGAAGCAAAAAUAACAAUUUGUACUAUAUGAUUAUACGAUAAACGAAGUAACAAUUUACAACAUUUUCCUACCCCUGUUCAAAUGAAUAACAAGUUACUUAGCACGUAACUACAUGAAAAUUAGCUCCCAAAGUUCAUAAAUUCAUAGUUUAAUAGCUCAUAAAGUUCUUUAUUUGUUAAAACGGUAAGAUAGCAUGCCUACCCCAAAGGGGGUCUAUUUUUUACACCCCCUUUCUUAUUGAUCCAUUUUCCUUUCAAACAUUUGGCAAAUAUUAAUGAAACUUGUUUUUUUUUUAAUCUUGUAAUUUGCGAAAGUUCCUAAUAAUAAUUAUGUGAUAGCCCCCCCUCUCUAACUUGGGAAAGUUUACUUUCAAAAAAAAAAAAAACUUGGGAAAGUUUCCAAUAAUAAAUAUGACAACACUCUCUCUCUCUCUCUCUCUCUCUCUCUCUCUGAAAAAACCCCUAUUUCUCAUUCAUGUUCAUCUUCCUCUUCCUUCUGCUGCCUCCAUCACCACCAUCCCUCCAACCUCUUCCUCCACGUCGCCACCACUAUCCCACCACCAUAUUCAUCUUUGUCAUCUUCCUCUUCCUCCUACCGCCGUCAUCACUUCACUCCGUCCACUUCUCACGCAUCUGGCGUCGCUGCUACCAUCCGCCGUCGUUGUGCCACCCUCCUCCCCCACGCUCCUCUCUCGGUGAGUUUUCAAUUUCCACAUCCGACUUUUCGAUUUCCAGUUCUGAUUUUUAUACAUCUGCUCUGAUAUUUGUACCACUACACUUAAACUGAUAUAUGAUAUUUGUACCAGUGCACUGGUAGUGUUACCAAUGCACUUGUAACACCCCGACCUUUGGGUUCAGGUUCGACCAAAAUACAUGAACGGUUGGGUUAACGGUUACGUACAAAGGGUUGCAAGCGUGGAUUAGGAAUAAUAAUAAUAAAUACUAAAUUAUUAUUUGCAAAAAAAAAGUAUAUAUAAUCGGCCAAAAGGACCGAGCAGCCUCCUUCCCGGUCGCUCUCCCCAAUUUCCCCAUUCCCCAGCGAGAAACCCCUUUCCCUUUAGAAAUCAUAAAGAAGUGGAAGAGAAGGCGUUGCAACCGUCCCUCUCUUAUCUUCUUUAGGCAAAUCCAUACCAAUCCCCUCGACCCACCCAUUCUUCCCCUGGAACGGAGCGAAGCUAGCGACAGCGGAAGGAAAUCGUAUUCCUCUUUUGCGUCGCACAAGAGCAGUGGGAAUAAAAAGGAACUUGAUCCCCGUUCCUUUCCCCUCUCAUGUUAAUCUCCAUGACGCGGACACACGUUCAUGUGUUUUGGUGCUUUGAGGUGAUGUUGUGAGGAUUUGAAACACCGAUUGACGAGUAGAUCGACGACCAAAGCUUUUGAAUCUGAGCCUAGUCAUGUUUUCAAGAUUUUUUCCGAGGUAAUUUGACGAAGGAGGGAUUUUUUCGAAUAAGGAAUCGAGGAGUCGUUUUUUCGAGGUGAGUGUAGAGGGGAUUAAAUCCCAGUUGAGGUCUUUUAGUUUAUGCAUUUACUUUAAGUAAUGUUAGUUAAUUUUUAUGAUUUUGUGCGUUAUGUGUUUGAAGCAUCCCACCGCCUUCUGAAGGUGGAGGCACGUGAUGUGCUAUGUAUGAAUGAAUGUAUGUGUGCGUGUAAUGUAUGAUUGAUAGUAAGGUGUAGGCACGCUAUGUCCUACGUAACGCAAUAGUUGACCAGGCAUGGACUGGAUGGAGAUACGUAACACAGUACCAUUGCCAUGAGGAUAAAGACACCGUAUAGUGAUACAUAACGUGGUGAACCCUAGUAAUAAGUAUAUGAAUUAAGAUAGAAGUAGAGAACUUCUGUAAGCUAUUAAGGAUUAAAGUGUUAGGGAUGAAAGCAAGAACGACUUUCAACUAAGGAAAGGAAACACUAAUAAUGUGUUAGUAAGGAUGUGCCUAGGGCAAAGACCUUAGGAAGUAACGACGAGAUUGACCCCUUCUCACUCACCAGGUCGAGGAAGGGUUUGCGGAGGCUGAUUCCGAGAAGAGGAGAGGCGAGGCGAAACAGGAUGGCGCUCCUGAGCGAACGAGAUCGAGGGGAGCUCAACGAGAAGAUAGAGCUAUAGUUAUUUUCAUUAUUUUUGUUCAUGAUUAUGAGUUUAUAAACGGGAGAUUCGAGGUUUUGAGUUUGGGUGGUUUUGUUUACCAUGGAUAUGGGUCGCGCCAACUAUUUAGGGCAUUUCAUUUGAAUGUCUUGUGGAAAAUACUUGGAUUAUUUAUUUUAUUUAGAUUUUUGGACACUAGUUCGGUCGGUUCCGGAGCCAUGAGUAUUUCGGGUUGUUUUAAACUAUCAGGUCGUUUCAUUUUGGUAUAAGAGUCGACACUCCUCUGUUUCUUGGUCUCCAAGGAAUACUGGAGUGAUGAUCUGAGUUUUUUAAGGUUUCUGUUUUUAAAGGAAAAAGAGAAGUCAGGUUAAGGGUUUGGCCAAACGAGUUAGGAUUUAUUUGAGGAUUUUUUUUUUAGAAUCUCCAGUAUACUCUAAUCAUGAUAAGGAAAUAACUUUAUGAUGCCCCACAGGGUUAUGACAUCUCGGGAAGGAGAAAGAGCAGAUUCCUAAGUGGAUCGUGUAGUGAAAACCCUUUCAUGAGUGAGAAUAGGAGGUUCAAGGCAGCUCAUAGCCUACGGAGGUGCGAGCUAAUCAUAAUAAGGUUCUGGAAGAUGC